AGGAACCAGGAAUACCCGGUCUGUCUUUUCCACUCAAGGUCUUGACAAGACGCACCUAUUUUUCUCAUUCGAUUCGUUUCAAGUUCUACUUGAUUGCGCCUCUCGUGCAAAGACAAAGAGUCUCCUCCAGUACAAGAAUCAUUUACGAAAAUGUCGUUGCUUCAAGUGAAGAGUAUGUUUUCCAAGCUGGGUCUUGUGGCCGUCGCGCCCCUGCUGCUCGUUGUUGCUGAAGAAGGUCGCGCGCGGGGGGUAGACCUGUACGACAACGAUGCCAGCCUCGUCGCGAGCACAGCGCAUGAAGAAGCGUUCAAGCAGGUUGAAGACCACAUCAAGGCAGCUACCGGCGUUGUUGUCGCGGACGAGAGCCACGGCGCAGCCCCCGGCGCAGGCGUGUCUGCGCCCCCGGCCGCCCCACAGGCGGAGACCGAUCUUUUCCGCCGGUUCACGGGGGUCAGCCACUUCUCGCAGCCCGUGCGCACGGUGACGAGCUACGACUACCCCGCGGCCGGGACGCGCGGCGGCUACUACGGCACGGGCGUGGCGGGGGCCAGAGGUGCGGCCUAUAACAACGACGACUCGUCCUCCGGGUUCGGCGUUCUGGCCCACAUGGUGCUCGGUUUUUUUCUGUUCAUUUUCGCUUUCCCCCUGCUGUACGGCAACGAGAAGCGGCAAGCGGUCCUGUACGCGCUGUUCCAGCGGGCACUGGAGCUUUUGUGUCCCGACUACACGGCGGAAUCUCCGGCCGGCACACAGCAGCAAAAAAAUACGAAGGACGCCGGGCUGUUGGUGCACAUGAAGGGCGACACCGUGACCAACGAGGAGCUGACGGACCCGGAGUUCAAGGUGAGGGUGAAAAACUGCGCCAAACUGCAGAAAACUGUGGAAAUGCUGCAGUGGGAGUACACCGAGGUCGACAACAAAUCCGCCUCUUCUUCGACUUCUACUACAACGCAGCAACUUCCGCCGGGCGAGAACAUGAACCGGCCGGUCGAGGUGCGGCGCGAGCUGAAGUGGAUGGGGUUUCUGAACGCCGACGACCCGAAGGACCCCCAGUACCGCUUGACCCCGGCCCAGAAGACCGCCGCGAAGUACUUCUUGAACGACGCCGGGGCGGACGCCAGCAUCCAGGGGCGGCCUAAGGACGUGUUUGAAGUGGACCAUGUGUUCUUCCGCCAGGGCCUCAAGGGCAAAAAUUUUGAGGUGCCGGACGGGCUGCGGUCGCAGAUGUGCAACCAGAAGCCGCUGGAUCCGAAGACGGACCUGACGGCGUCGGUGCCGAGCCUCGGCGCCGGGUCCGACCGCAAGCGGUCCGUGCGGGUGCAAAAUUUGCAGUUUGCGUACGACGAGGGGGAGAAGCAGUGGCUCUGCGGGUCGGGAGCGGCCAUGGGGGACAUCCGGGUGCGGUACACCAAGACCGAGUGCGGCUCCUGCUCCCUCGUGGCCGUAGUGGAUGCGAGCUGCACCUCGUUUCUGCCUCUGCUCCCCGGGUUCCAGGUGGACGAGGUUGCGGUGCCGAAGAAAGUGGACCUGGCCAAGCCGCCCUACGAGGGCGUCAAGAACGCGAACGCGCUCGCGGAGCCACUGCUCAACGUCAGCCAGCGGUCCCGCCAAGGGAAUGCCGGCAACGCGGCGGCCACCCCCUCCGGAGGUGCCGGGAUUCAGCAGGGCGUCACUACCAACGUUGGCGGCAGUCCGGGCUGCUUCAAACUGAUCGGAACCGCCUGCUCCGGUAUCGACCGGAAAAACGUGUUCGUUUUAGAGGAAAACCACUAUACUGUACGUAUGCGAAUAAAACUACCAGAAACUAUGCACAAAAGAAUGAAUGUUUCGAACCCACUGCAAAGAUGCAUUUGUUGGUCGCGUUGUCACAGCUGUGCAGCCGACGUCCUGCUACUGGGGGCAGUAUGCACCACAAGCUAGAACGCAACAUCCACUUCGUUUCCGCGUACAUUCACUAAAACGUAGAUGGACGAGCCUAGUAUGAUAUAGCGAAAGUUUUUCCGUUCGAUACGUGGCAUUUCCGCAACGGUCGAGACAGCGGGCGCCAGUCUGUUUGAGCUCGCCGAGCCCGCGAAAUCGGCCUCGGAGAUGAUGGAGUUCGCGCAGAACCGGCAGAAUGCGAUUCACACGGCGCUGCAUAUGCUGGGGAAAUUUUGAAUCAGGUCAAGCCUCAGCCUUUUUUCUUGCACUUGCGCGAGGAGACAGAGCAUGAUGCAGAGACAUGAAUUGGUAAACUCAUCGUAGCCGAUGUGGAAGAGGAAAACCUAUUGUAGUGCUUAGUGUGUAGCGUUCCUAGAAAAGCUUGCUUCUGUUCUUGCAUGUUGGCAGCCCUGCCCAGGGUGCUAGCCUGCAAAAUUACAGGGCGAAUUGACGAUUUCUGCGCAAAUGUACAAAGAGACCUUUCCUGAUUAAGAAUUUUGCAUGCACACAGCAAGUCGUGGGUUUCCUGAUGCUCUUCUUCGGGUUGCGGUUCAUGCUGGAGGUGUUUCCGGCGCUGCUAGGCGUGCUGCCCUUCGUCGGCGGGUUUUUGCACCUGGUCGGAGGUUUCGUCGUUUCGGUCGUUUCCUUCCUGGUUGCCGGUAUCCUGUGGGCGAUCAUUGUUGCUGGGGCCUGGUUUGCGGUACGGCCAAAGUACGCCAUGGCGCUAGUUGGCGCGGCGGUUGCGGUGGUCGUGCUGGCAAACGUCUUCGGAAAGAUGAACAGUGGGUGAGGGCAUUGUUUGGCCAAUUUACGUAGCAGGUCAAACGAACAGAAAAAGACUCGUCGGAGGAUUAUCUACUUUUUCUCUUUGGGACUCAGGGAGGCAAAAUUUUGUCGUGUUUCAUGGUACAGUCGUACAUCGAAUGCGAUAACGCUUGUCCGCACGAGGCCUCUACGUGUGUGCAAGAGGCCAUAUUCUUGUUUGAUAUCAUUAGCAUUUCAUGAGUUUCAAAAAAUUUCAAAUUCGUGUGUCAGCCAUAGCCUUUUUUUUUGAGAAGCAGCAGGCAUGCAGAUGGACAUGGACUAUAUGCCGUCUCGAUCGAGGGAAAGAAGAGAAGUACGUCUGGCCGCGUGUGUCGCCUCUUGUGCCGCGUCUAUGUCGGCUACGAUGUUUUUGUUUUUCCUUAGUCGCGCGCCGCAGAAAAUGAAAAAGUAAACCUGCAUAGAUACCUGCACGUUAUCGCAACGAAAUUUGCUGGUACCUGAAACCUGAGUUCAGGUAUCGUGUCAACGUGACAAACUUGGCACCUGAUUUUUCUAUGUUUCACUCUCUAGGUCUAGUCGAACAAAAGCAUGUAGACAUAGAAAUUAAGGAUGGACGAAGACAAAGUUGUUCGACGCAUUUCGUCUGCCGAUAAGUUUGUCCUGUCAGGGUGGAUGCAGGGUUUCGGUAUAGCCCUUUAGCGCUGGUCUCAGUUUUUUC